CGGAUCCUGCUUAUGGGGCUGCGGCGCAGCGGGAAGUCCUCCAUCCAGAAGGUCGUGUUUCACAAAAUGUCUCCCAAUGAGACUCUGUUCUUGGAAAGUACCAACAAGAUCUACAAAGACGAUAUUUCUAACAGUUCAUUUGUGAAUUUCCAAAUAUGGGAUUUUCCUGGACAGAUGGACUUUUUUGAUCCAACAUUUGAUUAUGAGAUGAUCUUCAGAGGAACAGGUGCUCUAAUAUAUGUUAUUGAUGCCCAGGAUGACUACAUGGAAGCUUUAACAAGACUCCACAUUACAGUUUCAAAAGCCUACAAGGUCAACCCGGAAAUGAACUUUGAAGUUUUUAUUCAUAAAGUUGAUGGUUUAUCGGAUGACCAUAAAAUAGAAACUCAGAGGGAUAUUCAUCAGAGGGCUAACGAUGACCUUACGGAUGCUGGGCUUGAAAAACUUCACCUUAGCUUUUAUUUGACCAGUAUCUAUGACCAUUCAAUAUUUGAAGCCUUCAGUAAAGUGGUACAGAAGCUCAUUCCACAACUGCCAACGCUGGAAAAUCUACUAAAUAUCUUUAUAUCAAAUUCAGGCAUUGAAAAAGCUUUUCUCUUCGAUGUAGUCAGCAAAAUCUACAUCGCGACAGACAGUUCCCCUGUGGACAUGCAGUCAUACGAGUUGUGCUGUGACAUGAUUGAUGUAGUGAUAGAUGUUUCCUGUAUAUAUGGGUUAAAGGAAGAUGGUACUGGAAGUGCUUAUGAUAAAGAGUCAAUGGCAAUUAUCAAGCUCAAUAACACAACAGUCCUGUACUUAAAGGAAGUAACAAAGUUUUUGGCAUUAGUUUGCAUUCUUAGAGAAGAGAGUUUUGAGCGCAAAGGUCUGAUAGACUACAAUUUCCAUUGCUUCCGCAAAGCCAUUCACGAAGUCUUUGAAGUAGGUGUUGCCUCCCACAGGAUCUGCAACCAUCAAUCAAGCUCCUCAAAUAUGAAAGCAGUGACUCACAACGGCACGCCUCGGAAUGCAGUCUAGAGGAAAACUAGAGACGUUGGAUAGACUUGUCAGCUCUUCACUCCAAAGUUUUGUGGAACGAGAGAAGAGUAGUCUGAAAGCCUGAAGUAUGCUUCACAGGAGAAGAGUGGCACUAACCGUGGAACAACAGCAGCUUGUAACUCAUGUCGGACAACUGAAACUACUGUAAAAAUGUGUUGAGGCCAGUGGAGUUAAAAAUGCUGGUUUGAAACCAGCUUUAUUGCAGGUGCAGAGGUUUUUCAGCUGGGAGUCAUGUUUUAACAGUCUGUCUCCGACUGAUUGCCCGGUCCAAACGUACAACUGAAUGAGUUGAGUUUUGCGUGAAACACUGAAUAGUCACUUGCUCAACUUUUUUUUAAUUAAUAAUCUGUAAAUAUCCACUUUUGCUUAAGUUUACCCUUUUGUCCUGAAAAA